UCCUAUUUACUUCGACAAGACACCACUCGUACUAAUCUUACAAAAAAUGUUAGUGCAGGAAAGGUAUGGAAGUUUGUUUCAAACUCUACCUGAAAGGAGAACUGCUCUCUGCCAGGUCGAUCACGGCCAAAUACUUUUCAUAGUGUCGCGAGGAAUGUUGGUCCGGAAAGCAUUUUAAGUAUGGUGCAGAACGCUAUAAUUCCCAUGCAUUCCGAGAAGGCAUCAGAGUUCCAAAGCGACCUAAAUCUGCGUUGAGCAAAUUGAACUGUGCCAACUAAAAMGAAAACUUCUCCAUCCAAACCGAUCCGACCUGUUGAAAAACCAAAUUUCUGAACCAGACCCGAAACGAAGUAUACUUCGCAUAGAACAAAACCAUGACUGCUUCUUCUGCCACCAAAGAUCCAUUGCAACUGCUGAUGGAUUGUACCAGUUCCUUCUGUUCCUGGAUCAAGAACGACGUAGCUAGUCAAAGUGAUGGCGAUUCCAACCCCACGCUUUUGAUGCCGGAACUGRAGAAGAACCAACACGAAUCAUUGACUCCAAGCACGAAUUUGAAGGUUGCUUUCCUGAUAGCCAUACCGUUGAUCGGGAUCCUCUUUCUCCUGUACUGCAGCAAGUACUUCAACUACGUGGAGCAGCCCCGGAUCUACACGUACUCAGGCGACACAGUGGACACAUGCGACGAUCUUGAAAGAAGGGAAUCGUCCUUCGACGAUGAUGACGAGGAAUACAUCGACAAAGAUUCGUUGGAAGGUACAAUAGAGGUACAGAAACUAAGAGCCAGAGAUAUCCCCCGUGUUCCGAUUGAAAACARUGGCACAGAAAAAAUGGUAGUAGAAGACAACAAGACAUGCGGCGAAGAUCGCGACACAUGCGACCUUUCCCAAAUCGAGAAGCAAGAUGACCACAGUGUGUGAUGGUACGGAGCACGAUCAAUCGGUCGAUGAUCCUCUCACCCGCUAUCURAARCACUGGUAACAGCAAGUAUAAAGAACCACACGACAA